AUGAAUCUCCUAAAACACACAGUUACACUCAUCACAGCCUUCACCCUCGUCCUUGCUGCACCACAUCAACAAGUCGACACUGUAUCCACUUCUGAAUUGAAAACAUGUAGAACCGACGCCGACUGUCCCAACCGCCUCUGGAAGUGCUCGCCCAGCGACAAAACUUGCCAUUUCCACCUAAGAGAACUGGGCGAGCAUGAGAAAGAGAAGAGGAGUGCUUUUCCAUUCUAUUGCGAUGCUAGACAAGAAUGUCCUUCACCUUGGCUUACGUGUAAUAAAACUUGGUGGAUUUGCUUGCCGGAUUUUUCGAUGGCAAUGGGUGUGGGUAUGGGGAGGGAGGAUAGGCUGUAA